GUACCCACUGUGUGUUUGAGGGCACCCAGGAGUGGUGCAGGCAUAAAGGAGCGUGACAGGUAGGAUAAGGCUAAGAGAUCAAGGGGACGAAUAAUAUAGGACCUGGACAUGUGAACUGGGGUGUGGCUUUGACCUGUGGGUUCCUAAAAAUGCCUUGGAAAGAGGACAGAUGCCAUGGACCAGGAGCCCUAAGGCUGUGUCGAGGGGGAGCAUACUGUGGAUGUCAUGACCGGGCUGUCCUGCUCUAUGAAUAUGUGGGCAAACGGAUCGUGGACCUGCAACACACAGAGGUCCCAGAUGCUUACCGUGGGCGUGGCAUCGCCAAGCACCUGGCCAAGGCCGCCCUGGACUUCGUGGUGGAGGAAGACCUGAAGGCCCACCUCACCUGCUGGUACAUCCAGAAGUAUGUCAAGGAGAACCCCCUGCCACAGUACCUGGAGCGCCUACAGCCAUGACCCUGGUCACUGUGUGCAGGAGUGCGCUCUGUGGGCCUUCUGUGUGGGCCUCAGCCAGCUCAUGUGCUCUCAGGAACCUGUUCCCAUGGGGACGGGCUCAGAGUUAUUUUUGCAAGGACACUCGUCUGCAGCCUUCAUCCAGGAUUCUGGGGACCAGCUGCUGGCUGUGGAUGUGUGAAAGUCCAGAGUGGGAUGAAGGGCAGGCCAAGCAGCCAAGACCCCCUUCCCACAGAGAUCCUCCAGCUCUGCUGAGGUCCUCCUCUUACCAGCUGCACAUCCCCUCUGGCCCGGCUACUGGGUCCCUGCUCUGAUCAGCAAGAGGGUGACGUAGAGUCCCUGUCACCACCUCCUAGCAUUAUGUCCUUUCUGCAAAUGAGGAGGGUGUUCCUGGAGCCAAGAAGAACAACAGGGGGGCUGGGGAUUUAGCUCAGUGGUAGAGCGCUUACCUAGGAAGCGCAAGGCCCUGGGUUCGGUCCCCAGCUCCGAAAAAAAAAAAGAAAGAAGAACAACAGGAACCUUGUGUGCCAGCUUCCCAAGGUAGAGGUGCCAAGCCUUAGCCACUGCCAGCGCUAACCCUUUCUCUAUCUCAGACUCCCGUACCCUGGCACAGGCAGUGGGGACGGCAACAGAGGGCAGCCGCUACUGGUGUGUGUGAGAGCAGUGGACAUACAGCUCUGGCCCUGGCCCAUCUGUGAGCAUGCACACAACACAUGAGCACAAGAGACAGGGCAGGUGACCGGACAUCCUCCUCGCCUUGGUACCUGCACUGUUUGGCUUCUCAUGUGGGUUCUGCAAGAAAACAAGGUCCCUGUCAGAGGGUCUGCCUUCUCAUGUAUUCACCUGCAGUAGUCAACUCAGAGGCUCAGUGGUGGUCUACUGAGCAGUCCAGUACCCUCAGCCCUCUCUGGUCUUCAGCUGUCCUUGCCAGGGCCUUGUGGGUCACCUUCGAGAUGGAUGAGGUGGUGGUACACAAAAUCCAUCUCCUAUCUUUCCUCGUACUCCUGACUUCUGGUCAUCUCCCCACAGACUUCUGUGCACAGACAACUUCCCACUCUGUAGGAGUACUGAAAUCUGUACCAGAAGCCAUGCAUCCUGGCUGGGAGGUCUUAAGCUUAGAACCUUUGGGCCUCACUCUCCACUGCAGUUAUGGCCACGGACCCUUACGGUCUCCACCCCCAGCAGCUCCCUACCUCUGCACCUCCAGCUCUUACCCUGUUCUUGAUGCUCCUUUCCAGCCUCCUAGAGUUCCACAAUAACCCAGCAUACACCUCACUACUGCCUCCCUCCUCUGCCACCCCGUUCUGUCUGACAGGGACUCUUUGGGGUCCAGAGAAACCCCUGGGCCUCUAGGAAGACCUUGCUGACUGCUCUUGACAGCUGUGGUGGCAGUUUGUCUACAAUACAGUACUUGAAUGAGGGCCCUGAGUCAUGUGGACCCAAGAAGAGUGGCUGGGCUUCCUCUGUGAGCUUGUCAGGUUCCUGCAGGUGGCCUGAGCAUUCCUCACUGCCUUGGCAGCCUUAAAGUCCCACUGACCAUGCCCCAGAGGCUUCCCAGCCUUGCGGCGUAGCAAUAACCAUAUCUCUACCCCUUCCUCCUGGCCAAUACCGCCCAGCCGGGCCGCUCUGGUGCUAUCCCAUCUGCUUCCCCGCCCCCCACACCUGCUCAUGUCCUGAAUCACUCCAGACGCCCUGUUCCUUCAGUAGGUCUGUGCUGUGCUUGGAUCUCACCCUGGGGUUUCUUUUCCUUGCCCAGUCUACACAGGCAGUAACUCAUGUGCCUUUCCUACUCUGAACCUGCCACCAGUAGUAUCUGGGCCAAGGCUGGGCUUGGGACCUGUAUCCCCUUACUUUUCUGACUCUCGAACGUUGCAUGAUCCCGUUGGUCACUGACAAACGACAAAGGCACAGUGAGGUCAGGGGGCCCCAGACUGAAGAAAUGGGACAAGGUAGGUUGUGUAAGAAGGGGUCCUCCCUGGUGCCCAGCCUGUUCCUUGAUCCUCAGCACUACCUGCAUAGCAGCUCGGCUCCGCUUCAGGGAGUCCAGGCUCUGAAGGCUGCCAUGGCCUGACCGAGGUCUCCAGUACAACAGUGCCAAUUAGCAUCAGGCUCCCAGCCCAGGUCUGGAGAGCUUUGCCAUCUGUGACCCAGCUCCAUGUUACCUGAACCUCGCAGUUUUACCCCUCGAGGUCACACUCCUCAUCGCUGGGCAGCAGCUCUACAGGGAUUCCUAGAAGAGGCCAUGGUGCCACACUAGCCUCUGACACGCAAGCUGCUCUUUGCCCUCAGGUUGGCCGCUUGGGAGUUCCUGCCAGAACUGUUGGUAAACACAGGAGCGGUGCAAGUGCAUAGGGAAUCUGCUCAUGCAGCUCCUUCACGGGACCUAACCCUCGAGGGCCCAGGUAGCUAGUGUGUCUAGUGUGCUAAGUGUGAGGCUUAGUGUACUAAGCAGUUUCAGGCUCUUGUGGCCUCGCCCCCACCAUAAUUCUCACGCAAAUCCCAAAAGACACCACUUAAUUGGGCCUGCCCUGCACUUGAAGGAAUAGGGUCAGAUUAAGGGGGUCACCAGCCUGCAACUCACAAAACCAGACAGCCCAGGAUCUAAAACCAGUCCCUGCCCCCUAGAUAGUUCCCAGCUUGUGUAUUAUGGUCAAAUGUUAGGAAACAGAUGACCUCAGUAAUAGAUAAAAUUUCUAGAAAUUCCCUUAUUCCUUUGAAGGGCUGAGAUGGGGCUCUGUCUUGAGUUGCAAGGUACAUGCAUGGCCAGCAUCUACACUGGCUUAUGAACAGGAACUCCCCCAGAGCACCUAGCCACUCAACUGUUGUUCCUCAGAUCAGGACUUGGGCUGGUUCGAGUCCUCCCACACAUCCUUUUACUAGUCUCAGGGUCCUGCUUCCAGCUCAUUGCCCUAAGUUUCAUACACAAGAUCCUGUGAGGCUGUGGCUUGAACCUUUUAACUGCAACCUCGGGGAUCACAUUUAGGGAUUUCAGCUGUGUCCUAUGGCUUCAAGAUAUUAAAGAUGCUUUUCUGGUUGUCAAA